CUGCCAUAGCCAAAUCAAACAAGUUUACCUUUUCUGAUGACUUUUAGACUCUUGUUCUCUCAUAUGUGAUUGUUCAACACAUAAACUUUAUCACAAGAAAAUUUGGUGACUGCAUUAACAGUUUAGUCAAACGGCUACUGAAAUCUGCAUACUCAUUAUGGAUGGAAUACAUCUAAUAAUUUGCCUGCUGUGGGCAUGUGUGAAUAUGUGUGAGUGUGAGCCAGCCAUGUUUGGGGAGGUGUCUUCUCCACAGUAUCCUCAACCAUAUCCACCAAAUUUCCAGCAGCAAUGGGACCUGGAGGUGCCGCAGGGCUACCAGAUCCAGUUAACGUUCAAUCACCUGGACAUUGAGUCCUCUCCAGACUGUUAUUAUGAUUCAGUCUCGGUUGUAUCUGAUAAUAAGGUUCUAGGGAAGUUUUGUGGCCAGAAUUCCACAGACAGGUUACACCCGGGUGACAAGCCCAUCUUGGCUCCUCGUAACCGUCUGCAGCUGGUUUUUCUAACAGAUGACUCAAAUCACGAGUUACACUUGGGAUUCACCGCUUUCUAUCAGGCUGUUGACAUAGAUGAGUGUUCCUCUUCCAGUGCGGAGAACGCACUAUGUUCACAGAUAUGCCUCAACACCCUUGGCUCAUACCUGUGUGCCUGUCACCAUGGUUACAUGUUACGGCCUGACCAGCGCACCUGUGUCUUGGAAUGUGGAGGUGGGGUGCGCAGUGAAUCAGAGGGGACCAUCUCGAGUCCUGGGUUCCCAGACAUGUCCCCUCCUGAUCUGGAUUGCAGCUACACCAUCUCUGUUCAGCCAGGCUACACGAUCACUCUCAACUUCAGCCAGAACUUCCACAUAGAGCAGGUCUACAAUCAAGGACAGACAUGUCUUUUCCAUUGGCUGCAAGUGUCUAUCCCAGGAAAAAAGCCUGAAAAGUACUGUGGCGGAAAAAGCCCUGGAGUCCUGAACACGGGUGCUCACUUUGUCCAGCUGGAGUAUCACACUGACAGAUACGGACAGAGCCAGGGGUGGAGCUUACAUUACACCACACAGAGGGUACAGUGUCCACAUCCAGGCAUUAUUGGCAAUGGGACAGUCACACCAAAUUUUGCCCAGUAUUUGUACAGAGACUACAUUCAUGUGCGCUGUAUGCCAGGAUACAAGCUAAUGAUGGGAGAGAAAGAGAUUCCAAGUUUUAAGUCCAUAUGCCAGAGUAAUGGAAAAUGGCAUUUGACACUACCAGAGUGCAAGAUUAUUGACUGUGGAGCUCCGAAGCUGCUGUUAAAUGGAGACUUUCAGUUUAUCAGUGGAGAAAACAAUGAAUAUCUUUCGGUCAUAGAGUAUCGCUGCAAUGAGCCAUACUACAGAUUUAAGGAUACUGCCAAAGUAACAUACAGGUGUGCAGUUGACAGAAAAUGGACAGAAGUCAACAACAAUGAUAUUAUUCCACCUUGUUAUCCUGAGUGUGGAAUGAACACAGAAGUCAGUUUUGGAGGCAGAGUUUUUGGUGGGAAGCAAGCAAUACCAGGACAGAUUCCCUGGCAGCUUCUCCAUAAGAAACAUACCAGAGGUGGUGCAUCUCUGAUCAGUGAUUACUGGGCUCUUACAGCUGCUCAUGUGGUAGAUGGACUUGAAAACACCACCAUGAUUUGGCUUGGUGGAAUAACUAAAGCUCAGAACCAAAACCCAGUCAUUAUGGAGGCAGAGAAGAUUAUAAUUCACCCAUAUUAUCAGAGGGUUUCUUUACAGGGGCAUCAAACAAACUAUGAUAAUGACAUUGCACUCAUCAAAAUGUCUGCUAGAGUGCCUCUCGGUCCAAACAUCAGGCCAGUGUGUCUCCCAAACAAAACACAAGAAUCUGUAAUGGAGGGGACAAUGGGAACAGUAUCAGGCUUUGGGGGGUUUGAGGAGGGCUUAACAAGUGAAAUUUUACGUUAUGGGGAUAUUCGGGAAUAUCCUUCUGAACAGUGUGUUUUCGGGAAAAUGCCUGUCACUGAUAAUAUGUUCUGUGCUGGAGAUGAUAUUGAACAUAUUGACAGUUGUCAAGGUGACAGUGGGGGUCCUCUGUUCUUCCCCAGGUUGGGUCAUGGAACUAAAGAGAAGCCCUACGAGGUGAGGGGCAUUGUGUCAUGGGGUCCUGUAAGAUGUGGUGAAGUUUCUAAAGCUUACUAUACUAAAGUGCAGAACUACCUGGGCUGGAUUGAAGAAACAAUGGCAAAUAAUUAACAUCUGCUGUGCAAGAUGAUUUUGUCCCUUGUAAGACAUAACAAAACAAAUAAAUAAAUCAAAUAAAAU